GUGAGAGCAGAAGCACGAAGCAGAAGAGAUUAAAUUAGUAAGACGACGGGGUAAAGGGAACUGACUCAGGCCAAAGAGCUUUUGGCUCUAGUCAGUGGGUCAGGGCGGUGAGUUUCACAUUCCAUGAGGCCGUUGGCUGACAAUAUCGCGACUAUUCGAGUUACUUCUGUAUCAUCAACUCAUCCGUUAACUCAUAAGUCAUAACCAGUCGCUGGUCUUGGUCGUAACCGCGUGUUCCUUGAGUUCAUCAGUGGACCCGCGAGUCCGCGUUAUUUAAAAAAUGGUUUGCGAUUCAUCUGGUGGAUAUCCGACGGAUCUAGGCGAAGACGUGUCGUUAAAAAGCUCGCUCGAGGAACUUUUGAAGUGCAUGCUAAGAGUUUGGUGUCGUGAAGGACAGGCGUUGACUAGACUUGGUGCUCCCGUACCUGAGAGUGACAAAACGGUGAUAGUGAAGCGAGAAGCUGGAGGGGAAUUCGGGUUCCGUAUCCAUGGAUCCAAGCCCGUCGUGGUCUCGGCAAUCGAACCAGAUACUCCAGCAGAAAGCUCUGGAUUGGAGGUUGGGGACAUCAUUAUGUCAGUAAAUGGACGGAGUGUCAUGGACGCGACCCAUUCGGAAGUGGUCAGAUUGGCACAUUCAGGACCUGAUGUUCUGGAGCUCGAAGUCGCGAGGACCUGCAACGUCUUGGCGCCCAGAGUUCCCAAGAGUCCUAAGGAAUCUGCUGAGGUCGCUGUCUACUCAGGUUACUUGUGGCGACGUGCUACGACAUUUAAUGCCGCGGGUAUUGCGACGGACAAAUGGGUCCGGAGAUGGUUCGCUUUGCGUCGUGAUAACUGCCUUUAUUACUACAAGACUGAUACAGAUUCACAGCCAGUUGGGGCAGUGAUGCUCUUAAAGUACGACGUCGAGGCAACACAGGAAAUUAGGAAUCACAGCUUCGCUAUCAGGAAGACUGGAGCACCGUCGCAUCAUUUGGCUGCUGAUAACGACGAGACCAUGCAGAAUUGGAUGACAGUCAUACGAGAAGCUGUCGAACGCAAUAACCAGACGGACACGUGGCUUGAUGCUUCUGUUAGAAUGCAACAACUUCCUGCAUGUUCAAUCCAGCGGCCUGAUUGCUUCGGAUACCUCAGCAAGCAGCAGGACCGUGCCAAGAAAACUUCCUCGCCGACUGGAUGGUCAAGACGGUACUGCGUUUUAAAAGACGCUGCGCUAUACUUUUACGAUGACGCAAAUGCGGAAAAGGCUUUUGGAGUUGCGUGUCUUCAUGGAUUCCGGGUCCACGGAAGCGCGCCGAGUGGCGGCGGUCGUAAACAUGCAUUUGAACUGCAGCCGCCUGAUCCAACUCAGAGGAGUUACACUUUUGCCACCGAAACUGAGAUGGACAAAAAAAGGUGGCUGGCCGCGCUCGAGUACUCAAUCGAUCGAUGGAUAAAAGUGGGUUGAUCGGUUCCGUGGAUUGCUUACGAUUAGACGUAAUUUAUGACUUUAAUAUAUUUAUAUUUAUAAUCGUAACUAAUGAUCACGUGGAUCUUGAGUCAAUCAUGGAGAUUUUAACGACGAUUUUCAUCGAAUUAUAAAAAAAAUAUGA